AUGGCCUGGGCAACCGGAGACCCAGGCUUUGUCUUCGAAGCCAAACGCAGUGGUCUCGGUACAGGCGAUGGCCAGAUAUUGGCCUAUAUGGCAAUGGUGUGGGCUUCACGGAAAAAACGAAAUCAGAGUGACAGUGCGGUAUAUGGUUGUCUAACCGACAUCCAUGAGUUCCGUUUUUUCCAUAUUAGCCAUAUUAGCCAUAAGGGACUAUGGUCUCAAAUGGUUUUCCUGUUUUCUCUUUGUGAUGACCGCCGGCAAGGGAUGAAUACUGUUAACUACCUGGCAUCCUUCUUAAAACACCGGCUUAACACAUCCCCAUGA